GUCCGGCUCCGGGGCUCUCGCCGUGGCUGCUUUGCGGAGACGAUGACCGUGGAGCCACGGCGCCCGGACGGAUCCCGAGGAUCGCUGGCGCUGGGGGUCCCCAGGGACGAUGGGGCUCGGGGGUCCGCCUCCAUCCUCCUGCUGCUGUGGUCUCUGGCUGGAUUCGCAGCCGGGGUCCGGGACCACUUCUCCCUGGUGCGGCCGUCGGUGGCCACGGAGCAGCAGCUAUGGGUCAGCGGAAAGCGCAUUGGCUCGGUGGACGCCUUCCGCAUCCCACUCAUCACCGCCACGCCUCGGGGCACGCUCCUUGCCUUCGCCGAAGCCCGAAAAUUAUCCGAGUACGAUCAGGGGGCCAAGUUCAUCGCCCUGCGGAGGUCCACUGACCAGGGGGACACGUGGUCCCCAACAGAGUUCAUCAUAGACGACGGGGAGACCCCCGACGGGCUGAACCUAGGGGCGGUGGUGAGCGAUGCGGAGACGGGCACGGUGUUCCUUUUCUACACCCUCUGCGCUCACUACACCGGCUGCCGAGUGGCCUCCACCAUGUUCGUGUGGAGCAAGGAUGACGGCCUUUCCUGGAGCAAACCCCAGAACCUCUCCCUGGACAUCGGCACCGAGGUGUUUGCCCCUGGACCCGGCUCAGGCAUUCAGAAGCAGUGGGAGCCCCGGAAGGGCAGGCUCAUCGUGUGUGGGCACGGGACCCUGGAGCGGGACGGCGUCUACUGCCUGCUCAGUGAUGACCACGGCGCCUCCUGGCACUACGGGAGCGGGAUCACGGGCAUCCCCUACGGCAAGCCCAAGAGGGACCAAGACUUCAGUCCCGACGAGUGCCAGCCCUAUGAGCUCCCCGAUGGCUCCGUCGUCAUCAACACCCGGAACCAGAACAAUUACCACUGCCACUGCCGGAUGAUCCUCCGCAGCUAUGACGCGUGUGACACGCUGCGGCCCCGCGACGUGACCUUCGACACAGAGCUGGUGGACCCCGUGGUGGCUGCCGGAGUUCUGGCCACCAACGGCGGCAUUGUCUUCUUCUCCAACCCAGCCCACCAAUACUUGCGGGUGAACCUGACCCUGCGCUGGAGCUUCAGCAAUGGUACCUCGUGGCAGAAUGAGAGGCUCCAGCUAUGGCCAGGGCCCAGUGGCUACUCCUCGCUGGCUGUCCUGGAGGACACCAUGCGUGGGACACAGCAGGCCCCACAGCUGUACAUCCUGUAUGAGAAGGGACAACACAAGUACACAGAGAGCAUCUCCCUGGUCCGAGUCAACAUCUACAGGAAGCCCUGAGUCAUCCCUCUGUCACAGGGCCAGGAGGCCCCGGGACACAUGAAUCGUCAGGACCAGGGAUCUACGGAGAGAUCUGCUGGGGGUGCCUGAAAGAUCACUCCACCUGCCUCAGGCUGCCCUUUUGCAGACUCCACAGGAAAUCAUGGUUAACAGGAAAAGCCUGCCUUUGGGUCGGUCGCACAUAGGAAGUCCAGCCCUCACCUGGAAGCACAUCCUUCCCACAGCCCUGCUUGCGGCCCCACUACUUUCUCUGCUGUCUUCGAGAUUACGUGGGACCCAGGUAGGCCCGUGGGAUUUUACCUCAGCAUCGACAGACCACAGCUUCCUCCCUGUGGGCGGAGGGAGAGACUGUCAUGGAGGCGGUGAAGUCCCGGAAGCUCAGGGUAUUUGGUUUUAGGGUGAGGCGCUAAGUGUCCCCCCACUCCUCUCACCCCAAUCCUAUUUAUGAAUCAAUGUUUGUAACUUAAAAUUUUCAAUUAAUAGAGAAUGGCCAUUCGUAGCA